CAAGUGGACCUCCCCUCACACUCUCACACCCUCAGUAUUUGAUUACCAGGAGACUUUGAUUAAGAAUUUAAGAAUGGGUUGCUACUAUAGAUUGUAGUUUUACCUAGGGUUAGGGUUAGGGGUUUUGUAGGGGUUGGAGACUUGGAGUGGCCAUGGCGGAGCAGGUCAAGUUGUUCGUUGGGGGAGUUUCCGGCGCCAUCACCGAAGGGCUGCUGAGGGACUACUUCAGCAAGUACGGUACUGUUGUGGAGACUUACAUUAGAAGGGAUUCUGGGAGAACGCCUAGAGGGGGCUUUGGAUUUGUUACUUUUGCUGACGCUGCUUCCCUCAGUAGAGCUCUCCAGGAUCAGCAGCAGCAUUUUAUACAAGGACAAAGGGUCGAAGUGAAAAGGGCGAUGAACAAAGGUCAGAGAAAUUUAGAUGGUAGUGGCAAUAAUAAUUUUACGUCGAAAAAGAUCUUUGUGGGAGGGUUAUCAUCUAAUCUAACAGAGGAAGAAUUCAAGAAUUACUUUGAGAGGUUUGGUAGAAUUACAGAUGUAGUUGUGAUGCACGAUAGCGCUACUCGCCGCCCGAGGGGAUUUGGGUUCAUUACUUUUGAGUCUGAGGAAUCUGUUGAGCAUGUUAUGCAGAAUAACUUCUAUGAGUUAAAUGGAAAGCGUGUGGAGGUGAAGAGAGCCGUGCCAAAAGAAGCAAACAACAAUAAUAAAAAUGGUUAUAAUAUGAGGAUGGGUGGUGGAAGAGGGUCUUCCUUUCCUCUGCAUGGGCAGAACUUGCCUUAUGCUCCUGCUCCUGGAUAUGAGAUUUUUCCAGGUUAUUUUCCUUAUUCAGGAUAUGGAUGUAUUGAAAAUUAUUGUUAUGCUGCAACUAGCAUGUAUCCUGGUGGUUACUUUAUGGGAGAGAAUGCUGGAAUUGACUAUGGAAGGACACCUUUUCAGCACCCUUGGAAUGGCCCUGGAUCUCUUGGCAGUGCUAUCAUGUAUCCUCCAUACUCAAGUGGUAGGAACAUGGUUGCUGGUUCGUCUAAUGGGCUUGUAGGGCCAAGAACAAGCUCUAGAUCACAAGCUGAUGCGACCCCAACCCCAUCUCAGAAUGACUCUUCCUUGGAGGAUGCUAAUGGUAACUUCAAUCCUCCCUCUUUGGUCCUGAACAAUUCAGUUGGGGGAAAGUUGGGUAUGGUUUGCAAUGGUGAAGCUCCUAAUUCGGCUGGGGAGAACUCUGGACCUCAUUCUUUGAAGGAUGAUGGUGCUGUUUCUUCACCUUUGAAAGAAGAUGGUUCUGAAUUUUCUUCGCAUUUGAAGGUUGAUUGUGCUGCAUCUCCUUCAGAUUCAAAGGAUGAUGGUACUGUUUCUCCUUCAGAUUCCUUUGAUGGUGCUGCUUCUCCAGAUAUAAAGGGUGAUGGUGUGGCUUCUUCUUCAGAUUCGUACGACAAUGGUUCUACUUGUAGCUUGAAUACAAGCACUGAUAAUUUGGAGUGCAAUGGUGCUGCUUCUAAUUCUAGUUACGACAUACAAAAUCAAAAUGAUAUUGAUGAACAACUUAAGCCUUCCCCUGAUUGUGAUUCUAGCUGACACUCUACAUUGAGAGAUUGGUGAGUAUCAUACUGACGGGGUUAGGACUGCUCCUUUACAUUAUUGGUUCUGUUUCCUGACCAUAAACAUUCUUGCUUUGUUAUCUUAGGUUUCAAUAAUUUAUCCAUACAGGAUUUGUCUUGUGUAAUAUAAUUGUUUCUAAAUUCAAAACUACAUCAUAUUUUUUCCCCUA